UUUUUCUUUUUUUUUUUUAAGUGCAAAGGGAAAAAAAUAACGUCCACUGCUCGCAAAACUAUGAACGAGGAGAUGACCAAAAGCGAGGAGCAGCAUCUUAGUUUGCAGAAAGCCUUGCAGCAGUGCGAGUUGGUGCAAAAUAUGAUAGACAUAAGCAUUUCUAGUUUGGAGGGUUUACGGACCAAAUGUGCCACAUCCAACGACUUGACACAAAAAGAGAUCCGCACGCUGGAGGGGAAGUUGGUGAAAUACUUCAGCCGCCAGCUGUCCUGUAAGUGCAAAGUGGCCUUAGAGGAGCGCAGUGCCGAGCUGGAGGACUUCCCUCGCCUCGGACAUUGGUUCCGCAUCGUCAACUUGAGGAAAGAGGUCACACAGGAGAUGAGCCCCGGUGAGCUGACCCUGGAGGGCCUGCUGGACAUGAGCGAGGAGCAGGUGUGUGAGCUGCUGCAGAAGUUCGGCGCCAACGAAGAGGAGUGUGCCCGACUCAACGCCUCCCUCUCCUGCCUCAGAAAGGCCCACCAGCUCGAACAACUUGAGGAGGAUAAAUUGCACAGUAACGGAGGGAGCCAGGUGAAACAGGACUGGUCCAUCCAGUGGCCCACCUCUGAAUCCGGCAAGGAAAACACCCCGGUGUGCCAGCCGGAGGCCAGUCAGUGGAUUCGAUUCCAGCUCUCUCAAAGCCCCAAAGUUCAGUCCAAGUACAACCAGCACAUGUGCCACAGCCCCCAGGCCCUGCCCCCCCCUCUGUACGCCGAUCGGCUGACGGUCGACAGCCCUGGCACAGGGCUCUUCCCUCCUCUGGAAUCCGGUCAUCGAUCCCUGCCCCCGUCACCCCGUCAGAGGCAUUUUGGCCACACUCCUCCUCGGACUCCCUUAGUGGUCAACACCAUGACCCCGCCCGGCACGCCUCCCAUGCGGCGGAGGAACAAAGUGAAGGCCCCCGGAACGCCCCCUCCGCCAAGCCGCAAGCUCAUCCACCUGCUGCCGGGCUUCACCGCGCUGCACCGCAGUAAAUCCCACGAAUUCCAGCUGGGGAACCGCUUGGAGGACACACAGACACCAAAAGCCAAGAAGAAGACCAAGCCCUUGAACCUUAAGAUCCACAGCAGCGUGGGCAGCUGUGAGAACCUGCCCACGCAGCGCUCGCCCCUCCACACCGAGCGGUCCCUGCGAUCCUUCUUCUUCCCCUCCUUCAUCCCCUCCACGCCUCCCGUCCACGCCGAAACACCCUCUGCAAACACUCUCUCAGUGCCUCGCUGGUCCCCACAGAUUCCCCGAAGAGAUCUGGGAAACUCAAUAAAACACAGGUUUUCCACAAAAUAUUGGAUGUCCCAGACAUGCAUAGUAUGUGGAAAGGGAAUGUUGUUUGGACUGAAAUGUAAAAACUGCAAGCUGAAGUGCCACAACAAAUGCACCAAAGAAGCCCCACCUUGCCAUUUACUGAUCAUACAGCGAGGCGGACGAGAAUCCCUCAAAGAUCACCAAGGAACGAUUCAAGUAGCUCGUCUGGUACGGACUGAAUCAGUGCCAUGUGACAUCAACAACCCGCUCAGGUACACAGACCUGCACAUCAGUCAGACGCUGCCCAAAACCAACAAGAUCAAUAAGGAUCAUAUCCCGGUCCCCUACCAACCGGACUCCAGCAGCAACCCCUCAUCCACCACUUCUUCCACCCCGUCCUCCCCCGCCCCCCCUUUGCCCAGCAGUGCCACGCCCCCUUCACCGCUACACCCCUCGCCACAGUCCGCACGGCAGCAGAAACAGUUCAACCUGACAGCCUCCAGUUAUUUUAAAUACAAACAGCAGUUCAUCUUCCCUGAUGUUGCUCCAGAGGCUCCUCCCAGCAGAGCGCCGCAGGUCAUUCUGCAUCCUGUCCUUUCUGAACCAGGGAAUGAGGGCAACCCUUUACUUCAAAUCGAGGUCGAACCUACAUCAGACAACGAGGACGGUAAUGACGAGGACUCUGGCGACGAGUUCGAGGAGAUGAACCUGUCGCUCCUGUCGGCUCGUAACUUCCCACGCAAGGCCAGCCAGACCAGCAUCUUCCUGCAGGAGUGGGACAUCCCGUUCGAGCAGCUGGAGAUCGGGGAGAUGAUCGGCAAGGGCCGCUUCGGCAAGGUUUUCCACGGGCGGUGGCACGGGGAGGUCGCCAUCCGCCUCAUCGACAUCGAGCGGGACAACGAGGACCAGCUGAAGGCCUUCAAGCGCGAGGUGAUGGCCUACCGCAACACCCGCCACGAGAACGUGGUGCUGUUCAUGGGCGCCUGCAUGAGCCCACCGCAUCUGGCCAUCAUCACCAGCUUGUGUAAAGGCAGGACCCUUUAUUCUGUGGUGCGGGAUGCCAAGGUUGUCCUGGACGUUAACAAGACCCGACAGAUCGCACAAGAGAUGGUCAAGGGGAUGGGCUACCUCCACGCCAAGGGGAUCCUCCACAAAGACAUGAAGUCCAAAAACGUGUUUUAUGACAACGGUAAAGUCGUCAUCACCGACUUUGGACUCUUCACCAUAUCUGGGGUUCUGCAGGCUGGCAGCCGGAGAGAAGACAAACUGAGGAUCCCCAACGGCUGGCUGUGUCACCUGGCCCCGGAGAUCAUCCAGCAGCUGUCUCCGGACACCGAGGAGGACAAGCUUCCGUUCUCCAAACAGUCAGAUGUCUUUGCUUUCGGCACCAUCUGGUAUGAGUUACACGCACGCGAGUGGCCUUACAAGAGUCAGCCAGCUGAGGUGAUCAUUUGGCAGAUCGGCAGCGGCAUAAAGCCCAACCUCGCCCAAACUGGCAUGGGGAAGGAGAUUUCAGACAUUCUGCUCCUCUGCUGGGCGUACAAACAGGAAGAGCGGCCAAGCUUCUCCAAGCUGGUAGAUUUACUGGAAAAGUUGCCAAAAAGGAAUCGCCGCCUUUCCCACCCAGGGCACUUCUGGAAGUCAGCUGAGCUGUAACGGAGGCAUCGAUGGGACUGUGUCUUUGCGUGAAGCUCGUCCUCAGCUCUGCUCACAUCUGCUCCACCGCCCGCCUG